UACUGCCACUUUUAUUAAAAAAAGUUGAAGAAAAAAAAAAUUAACCUAGACAAAAUUUAAAAAAAAAAAUUUAAUAAAAUGUCAAAUCCAAGUUUAGCUUAUGAAGUUUUAAUAUAUUUAAAUUCAUUUUAUUUUGGAAUGUUCGCAUCAUGUGAAUUAUCAAUUGGUUUAUUGAAAGCAAUUAAUUUACGUUAUGAAAAUCAUUCACUAGCCAAAGAAUCAACUUUAUUAGUUGCUUUUUGUAUAUUAGAGACAAUUCGUAUUGUAUUGGGUAGACGUGGUGCAUUAGCUGAUCGAGAUUGGCGUGUAAUAUUAUCUUGUAUAUUAAUUUUACCAUCAAUCGCAGAAGUAAUAUUUUUAUUAUUCUUUCAAACAUACACUUUAAAAUUGGAGUAUGUUUUGUCUUCAUUAAUGUUAGCCUUACUAUUCGUCGAAGUAUGGUUUUGUAUUAUGUUCAUAUUCACCACUUGUCGGCCUGUAACAUAUGACUAGCGGAUAGUGUUACUAUAUUAAUACAAUAUUGUCAAAUAUAAGUGAUUCAUUGUUUUUGUUUGCUUUUUUUUUUUUGGUUUUGUCUUAGAUUUUCUCGAUAUUAAAAUUUUUGUUUAUUAAAAUAAUUAAAGAAAUCUAAAAAAUUAGAUUAUAAGAUCUUCCGAUUAUAAUUUUAAAAUUUUGUAAAAAAAAUAAUUUCUAUAUUAUUUGAAAUUAUUUUUCAUUUAAAAAAUUUUACAUAAAACAAGUAUAAUUUUGUACAAUAUUUAUAAACAUUUAUGUAUCUAUAUUUUUAAUUAAUUUGAUGUCCAUAGGUAGCUUUAAUUUAAUUUACUUAAAAUCAUUUUUAUUAAAAAAGCAAAAUAUUACUUUUAUUUGAAUGAAAACCUAAAUUAAUUUUUUUAUGAUAAUUAUAAAAAUAAGAAGCAAAGGUUUUAAGAAUUCAUCUUGCUUUGCUCUUCUUCUCUUAACCGUAAUUUUUUUUCUAA